UCUCCAGAUGUGAGUUUGACUCCAUUAAAACUAGACGUGUUAUACUGGGUUUUAUGCAUUGUUGUCUGAUGCUCUAUCCCUUUACCCAUUGUCAUUAGAUUGUGUUGACCUCUUUCCAUUUGCAUUUCAGGUGAAGAGUUUGACAGAAUCACUGGCAAUUUCAAAUUCAUUUGCAUCAAAUGUUUCGUUGUCCAUGCCUACAAAUUUAUCAACACCAAUUGCAGAACCAUCAUGUACCCCUAGCUAUCCACUAUUUCCCAACUCAACCCCAUCAAGACGAGCCCGUCGUUCACCAGGACAUGAGCUGUUGAGACAGGUUUCUGAUAGUCGGAUAUUGGGAUUAAAAUCUCCAAAUAACAACUCAAUAUCUGAAGGAAGACAAUCAUUUGUACUCUCUACUUGCAGCAAUGACAUGGCGCCUGGAUCUCUAGGUGGGUCCUCUGAUGGCUGGUCUAUGCGUACCUUUUCUGAGCUCGUGGCCUAUUCUCAAAGGGAAAGAUGGUCUUUUGACAGUGAGAACUUUGGAUAUAUCCAUGGAAAGCUAACUGGAUCCAACAGCAGGUUCUCAUGUUCUCCUUCCAUAGAUUUGCAGUCUUGUGGAGUUUGCUCAAAGCUUUUAACAGAGAGAUCUUCAUGGAGCAUCCAGAAAAUUAUUGCCGGCAGUGACACGUCAGUGGUUUCUGUGUUGAUAUGUGGACAUUUGUACCAUGCCGAGUGCUUGGAGACUAUGACAUUGGAGGUUGAUAAGUCUGACCCGGCUUGCCCAAUUUGUAUGGUCGGAGAGAAGCAAGUAUUAAAGAUGUCGAGAAAAGCUUUAAGAGCCAAAGCAGAGCUCAAAGCCAAAAACCUUAAGAUAUCCAAAAAUAGAGUUGUACAUAGCUACUUUGAUGAUGAUUACGAUGUUUUUGAGCAUCAGAAGAAUGCCGAUAGGAAAGUAAAAGUAUCUAAGAUGGAACCCAGUUCCAGCACUCGGAACAACUCUGCGAAACCUUUCUUGAAACGGCACUUCUCGCUUGGGUCAAGGUGGAGUAGAUCCCUAUCAGAAAAUGAUUAUGCUAGGAGGAAGUGGUUCUGGACCAGACAUCGCAAAGAUUGAGCUCCUGAACCCCAGCUGAUUUGGAUCCGCUGUGGGUAUGGUAAUGUGGGCGAGGGAUUUACUAAGAACCUCACUGGAACUCCUGUGGACUCCGCCAGCUCCUCCCAUCGACAUGGUCAAGAGGUGCAUU